AUGGCUCCGCCCGAUGAAAAGUGCAAGCAACCACUUCCGAAGAAAGGUAUGGAGAUCAAGGCCACGCCAGAAGGCCAGACAGAGACUCGACAGGAACACAUGGUGUCAAAAAAGCACUACAUCGGGCACAAAGAACUCUACUGGAUCAAGAGAUUGGUUGCACAUAUAUUUGGCGAGACUGACCCUGUCAAAGUCUGUGAUCGGUUGGGUAAAGACCAGGUGUGUAUUGAGGCUGUACAUCCUCACAGCAACAGGAGAUACCAUAUAGAGUUUGACCGAAAAGGCAUCAUAAAUGCAUGGGUACCGACACAGAAGUGCCGGAAGGACCAUUGUUUCCUGGAGAAUGAGGGCUAUGGCUAUGCAGCAUACAAUCCCAGGUCAAAGCGAUUUCAGUACAAAAGUGGCAAGAUGAAAGGUAAAUUUGCCAAGGGGACUCUCGGAGAACCAAAGGGAUUGGUGACAAACAACAAAAAGAGGAACAAUUGGGAGAAUCCCAGGACAAGCUCACCGAAGAAGAGCCCAUUCCUGAAGAAACGGAAAAGCUUCAGCAGUCAAAGUAACAAGAAAAGGUUCGGCAGUCAAGGUGACAAGAAGGAUUCGCAUGACCCAGUUCAAAAGAGGGCUUUGUUCCGCUUCAUACUGAGCAACGUGAUCCGCCGCACUGCCAACUUUUUGCAUGACAGGAACAUUCACAACCUGGAUGCAGGAGGAAAGGAAAUUUGGGAUGGCGCACCGACGUGUGCCAAAAGCGCGGUCAUGGACGAGCUGACGCAUGGUUUCGUGACGGCCAUGCAGAGACGAGGCUAUCCAACAAAGUCUAUUUCCAUGGCGGUGAACAUGGUUUUGAAGCCUCUUGGGCGUGCAUACCAAGCUGGAGGUGAACAUGGUUUCAUGCAUGCAUUGGAAGAUGGCCUCAAUGACUGGCUACAUCUUGCUCAAAAGCAGGCAACGCAGAGACCUUUGGCAUUUGUCGCCGAUUGUGUGAAUACUGUGGCUCCUUUGCUGUGCAGUUACCUCAAUGUACAGUGGAGCGACAGCUACAAGGGCUUGAGAGUCUUUGGCUAUGGGCUUGGUGUUGGCACACAGGUUGACUCAGGCCAGAAUGGCUUCGUGGCAGACACUGGUGUUCAUGGCAGCUAUCGAUUUCGCUCAAUCCUCAACACAGCAGGCAUUGCUGGAUGCAUUGGGAAAUCUCAUGAGCAGAUCAGAGCGUCCAAGACAGAUGGCUACUUCCAGCGUGACGCGGACACUUAUGGUACUCGUGCGAAGGUUGAUGUUCUUGGAGUUCAAUUCGCAGAGCUACGAGCCGGCUACAUUGAUUCCAAAGAGCAGGAAAGAAGCCAGAUCUCUUUUCAUGGCAAGCCAGCCAAGAUGAUUGCAGACACGUCGUUUCAGGGAGUUGGAACAGAUGUGCGGUUUGGUUCUUCAGGGGCUCCGUCAGCAAGAUUUGAAAGUGGUUUUGGGCGCUUUCAAGAGCGUGUCUCAUGUGAAUCUACUGAUGGAACACACAGACUCGCCACAUCUCAGACGGUGCUUGGACACCAUACCAAAGCCUCCCUUGCAGGCAAGACUGUGGAUCUGCGAGCCGGCUACAUUGAUUCCAAAGAACAGGAAAGCAGCCAGACCUCUUUCCAUGGCAAGUCAGCCCAAAUGGUUGAAGACACAUCCUUUGAAGGACUUGGAACAGAUGUGCGGUUUGGUUCUUCAGGGGCUCCGUCAGCAAGAUUUGAAAGUGGUUUUGGGCGCUUUCAAGAGCGUGUCUCAUGUGAAUCUACUGAUGGAACACACAGACUCGCCACAUCUCAGACGGUGCUUGGACACCAUACCAAAGCCUCCCUUGCAGGCAAGACUGUGGAUCUGCGAGCCGGCUACACUGAUUCCAAAGAACAGGAAAGCAGCCAGACCUCUUUCCAUGGCAAGUCAGCCCAAAUGGUUGAAGACACGUCCUUUGAGGGACUUGGAACAGAUGUGCGGUUUGGUUCUUCAGGGGCUGCGUCAGCAAGAUUUGAAAGUGGUUUUGGGCGCUUUCAAGAGCGUGUCUCAUGUGAAUCUACUGAUGGAACACACAGACUCGCCACAUCUCAGACGGUGCUUGGACACCAUACCAAAGCCUCCCUUGCAGGCAAGACUGUGGAUCUGCGAGCCGGCUACAUUGAUUCCAAAGAACAGGAAAGCAGCCAGACCUCUUUCCAUGGCAAGUCAGCCCAAAUGGUUGAAGACACGUCCUUUGAGGGACUUGGAGCAGAUGUGCGGUUUGGUUCUUCAGGGGCUCCGUCAGCAAGAUUUGAAAGUGGUUUUGGGCGCUUUCAAGAGCGUGUCUCAUGUGAAUCUACUGAUGGAACACACAGACUCGCCACAUCUCAGACGGUGCUUGGACACCAUACCAAAGCCUCCCUUGCAGGCAAGACUGUGGAUCUGCGAGCCGGCUACAUUGAUUCCAAAGAACAGGAAAGCAGCCAGACCUCUUUCCAUGGCAAGUCAGCCCAAAUGGUUGAAGACACGUCCUUUGAGGGACUUGGAACAGAUGUGCGGUUUGGUUCUUCAGGGGCUCCGUCAGCAAGAUUUGAAAGUGGUUUUGGGCGCUUUCAAGAGCGUGUCUCAUGUGAAUCUACUGAUGGAACACACAGACUCGCCACAUCUCAGACGGUGCUUGGACACCAUACCAAAGCCUCCCUUGCAGGCAAGACUGUGGAUCUGCGAGCCGGCUACAUUGAUUCCAAAGAACAGGAAAGCAGCCAGACCUCUUUCCAUGGCAAGUCAGCCCAAAUGGUUGAAGACACGUCCUUUGAGGGACUUGGAACAGAUGUGCGGUUUGGUUCUUCAGGGGCUCCGUCAGCAAGAUUUGAAAGUGGUUUUGGGCGCUUUCAAGAGCGUGUCUCAUGUGAAUCUACUGAUGGAACACACAGACUCGCCACAUCUCAGACGGUGCUUGGACACCAUACCAAAGCCUCCCUUGCAGGCAAGACUGUGGAUCUGCGAGCCGGCUACAUUGAUUCCAAAGAACAGGAAAGCAGCCAGACCUCUUUCCAUGGCAAGUCAGCCCAAAUGGUUGAAGACACGUCCUUUGAAGGACUUGGAACAGAUGUGCGGUUUGGUUCUUCAGGGGCUCCGUCAGCAAGAUUUGAAAGUGGUUUUGGGCGCUUUCAAGAGCGUGUCUCAUGUGAACCUACUGAUGGAACACAGCGUUUCUUUUCAGAAACUGACAUGAUCGGAGCUUCCGUGAAAACCACAGUGGAUGGAGCCACAAUGUUUGGUGUGCAGGCUGGUGUAGGAAAGCAAGAGGAGAUUCACACUCAGAUUUCCACCCUCCAGAAUGGGCAAAUGCAAGUGGAAUCAAAUGCAUCUUCAAACGGUGGAUUGUUUUUGAAGGGGAACGUUUUGGGCGUUGCUGGCUUGUCUGCAACGCUUGGAUCCAAAACAGAGGCAAAUCGUGUGACGACCCAUGUUGCAGCUAGGAAGCUGAAAGAGGACUUCUCCGAAACAUGCUUGCAUGGCUUGGCAUGCACCACAUCACUAGGUAGCUGUACAUACGACUGGUCAACUGGACGAUCCUGGAAAACAGAAGGUCAUUCCACCCAUCAGCUUCAAGGCAAUGGGGUGGCAUUUGCCCGAGAAACCACUUCAGAUCAGUGUGUCUCCUUUGAAGACAAAUUCAUAGGAUUCUCUGUGUCAGACGAGACCCAGCAAUACGAGACUCGCGCUGUGGUUGAGACCUACGGCCUGGAGCAACCUACCGGCAGCGUGGCCAAGCUCGUGGAGCGUCAGAUGAAACAUGAGCGAAACCUGCAGACCGGACAGGAAACCACCGUCCAAACUGUUGCCUGGCGAAGCGCGCUUUUUACCCAUCGUUAA